AUGGCAUCGUCAACAAAGGCAGCCCGUCUGGGCGAGGAAACUCGAGUAGACAAGGUCAGCGCCGAGCUCGUCACCCUCACAUACGGCACCAUCGUCGCGCAACUAUGCAAAGAUUACGAACACAACUACCCCGAAGUCAACAAACAACUGGAGAAGAUGGGCUACAACAUUGGGAUACGGCUGAUCGAGGACUUCCUGGCCAAGUCAAGCGCUCCAACCUGCACCAACUUCCGGGAGGUUGCUGAGAUGAUCUCAAAGGUCGGCUUCAAGAUCUUCUUGAACAUCACACCCACAAUCACCAACUGGUCCAGCGACAACAAGCAAUUCUCGCUCAUCUUCGACGAGAACCCUCUUGCCGACUUUGUCGAGCUGCCUGACGAUGGCCGCGCGCAGGACGAGUUAUGGUUCUCGAACAUACUGGUCGGCGUGCUGCGUGGUGCCUUGGAGAUGGUGCACAUGCAGGUUGAGGCACAUUUCGUCAGUGAUGUCCUUCGAGGCAACGACACCACUGAGAUGCGGGUAUCUUUGGUCCGCUACAUUGACGAUGAGAUGCCACCUGAUGACGAGUAG